AAUUCCCUGCCUCCGUUACAUGCACUGGGGUUCAGACUGAAAGACAAAAUGAUUUUCUAAUAUAAAAUCCAAGCAAAUAGGCAUGGCCCUGUGACAUAACACAGCUCUGCACCACUUACCCUGAAUGGGAUAUUAUAGGCAGAUUGGCAUUUCCCAGAUGUUUACUUUACAUCUGUGUGUGGUACAUGGAUUCUGGAGGGGAAGUACAGAGCAGACCUGGGUGCCCUGAGAAGAGAAAAAUUCAUGAGAAACUCUGCAACGUUUUGACCAAUGUUGCUGAUUUGGAGAUUCAUGUGUGAUUCAGAGGAAGCAAGUGCAUUAAGGAAUGCAAGAUUUCUAACUUGGUAAGAGAUUACGGGAAAUAAGCAUAACGCAGAGUUGGCACCUAACAAUAAUCAGCUGUCCCAAAGUAUAUGGAGAAAAACUGAAGUGAAACGUCACCAUCAAUGACCCUAUGUCUCAUCUUCAGGAUGUGACAUCCCCCUAUCUCUGCAAGAUAGGACAGAAAAGUAGAUUGCAUGUUAACGCUUCCCUUCCUCUCAGAUCUAAAGCCUGGGUGUGGCACCAGCUUCCAAACCAAAAUUCAAUUCAGCAUUAGGUUCCAAGUCCGACUACGACAUAGUCUGAAAUUAGCACAGUCCCAGAGCACAGACGGCAAGGACACUUCACCCAGUCUCUCUUUUCCAUCCGGUAGAUCAGCAGCCGGAACACGGUGCUGUUAAAAACAUCACACCCACUUCAGGGACGUCUACUCUAAAGCCCACAGCAGGCAACAGGACACAGAAGAAAGAAGCUUUUCUGGGCCUCCUGUGCGACAGCACAGAUGUGCUCCCUCCCUGACGUCCAAAAUAUGAGGCUUACAAACAUCUUCUACACACAUCGGUGCAGUAUGUAAGACUACAAGAUUCAGAUGUACAGCCUAACACUAACACUAAUCAGCAGCAUUAGGGUCAAUGGGAUUGUUCACUGUUGCGCCCGUCUAAGCUGUUGCACUGACUAUCAGCAGACAGAACCAAUGACAUGUACUUCCACAAACAUCCAGCAGGUCCACCAGGCCGUGUUCCGCUCAGUAGCUUCGCGGUCAUUGUCCAUGUAGUGGAUUUGAAUCUUGUGGCCCACAUAUUACUCAAGCCACUGUUGGGCAAAGAUCUCAACCCCAACUGCUUCUGGGGUGCUGGAUGCUGGCUGACCCAAGAUUUCAUCCUUAAUAUGUUUCAUCAGACAAAAGCAUCUGACAAAUAAAUGCAAUAUAAAUGUCCGUAUCAGCCAGUUUUCAGAGGAUGUCCGGAUUCUUCUUUAUUCGCGUUUCUGAGCCACAUGGCAGGAAACAGAAAGGAGAAGAAGCCAAAGAUUUGCAGGCUAGCCGAUGCCCUGCGCUGGCCAGCAACUUACUUGGUUUGGAGACCAGGGACACAGACAGCAUCUUAAGCAUUACCCUUGUUUUGGAUCCCCAUUGCUCUGGCCUCCUGGCUCCAAAAGCAGCCUGACAAAACCUGAAUCUGUGCACAGAGGUUCGCCUUGAUCAGCACCAGCAGGGACAUUGAGGUGUCAUGAUGCAGCACCAAGACAUGAUGUCACUCAACAUCCACAACAUGACCAAUGGCAGCGAAUCGACGAACUGUUCCCGGGACAACGUGCUGAAGACGGUGGUGUUCCCUGUGCUCUACUCCAUCCUCUUCAUUUUGGGGGUGUUUCUCAAUACUGCGGCAGCCUGGAUCUUCCUGAAGAUUCCCAGCACCACCCACUUUGUGCUCUACCUGAAGAACGUGGUGGUGGCCGAUCUGCUCAUGACGUUCACCUUCAUCUUCAAGGCCAUGGCUGACUCCAACGCGGCGUUGGUGCUGCUGCGCGUGUUCGUGUGCCGCGUCUCCUCCGUGCUCUUCUACCUCAGCAUGUAUAUCAGCAUCCUCUUCUUUGGCCUCAUCAGCAUCGACCGCUGCCGUAAGACCCUGUGGCCAUUUGUAAGGAGCACCCCUGCCGGCCUGGCACGGCGUAAGGUGCUCUCUGCUUUCAUCUGGGCUGUCCUACUCAGCCUCUCCUUGCCCAAUAUCAUACUGACCUCCCGCAGACCUGCCUCUCCCGACUUCAAAUGCAGCGACCUCAAGAGCAAGCGGGGCCUGCAGUGGCAUGAGGCAGUCAACCAUGUGUGCCAGAUCAUCUUCUGGGCCAACCUCGCCACGGUGGUGGUCUGCUACAGCCUCAUCUCGCGGGAGCUGUACACCUCAUAUUCUCGCACCCGUGCCAGCUCCAGCACUGGAAGCGUGCAGCCGAAGAAGCGCAAAGUGAAGGUCAACAUCUUCCUGGUGAUGGGCGUCUUCUUCGUGUGCUUUGUGCCCUUCCACUUCGCCCGAGUCCCGUACACCAUGAGUCAAACACGCAGCAAUUUCAACUGUCGGCUGAAGCUCUUCCUGUUCCAGCUGAAGGAGAGCACACUCUGGAUCUGCUCUCUCAACGCCAUCUUGGACCCACUCAUCUACUUCUUCCUCUGCCGGUCCUUCAGAAAGUCGCUGUGCAGAACAUUCUGCCUGAACACGGGACUGUAUCAGCCCAACCUCAACACAGCCAGCACAGACAAUCGAUAACAGAAACAGCUGGCUCGGGACCAAUGGGAUGAAACACAGGUGCAGACAUGCUUAUAGUGUAUUGCUCAAGUCUAGCUUUACCUCUUUUUUGGGCGAAUUGCCCUCUCAUUGAAAUUCAGCUCCAGCGCUCCCCCUAGUGUUCAAAAGUGUGACGGUACCCUUAAAUACUCAUUUAUAAGUUGUGACUUAGUAAAAUAAAUACCAUCCAUGGACUGUAAUGCCAUUCUGUAUGAUGAUUUUUGCAUGAUAUAUUGAAGACUUCAACUGCUACUACAAUCAUUCUCAAAAUGGAGGCAUUUUAAUAAAUAAUAUUAA